AUGACAACAAGGAAUCAUAAAACAAGUAAGAAUUCAAGACGCAGUAAAGACAGAGUAUAUAUCAAGAAAUUGAGUGUAUUUCCUUUUAACUGCUCUUCUUCUCCCCGACUAGUCACUGACCUCCAGAGUCUGCAGUCCAGUGUGAAAUGGCAACACCUGGAGCACAAGGUGGAAAGCCUAUGGAAUGCAUACGCAAGAAUCAUAAAUGACCAAGCCCUAAUCUUGUCCAUAAACUCCAGCUUUGUGGAUCCCCUGCUGCAAUUUGAAACUCAGUUGAAGAUAAUAGAGUCAUCCUUUAAAGCAGUGUUUGCCAUCCCAAGUCUUGAGGAAGUGAAAGAAAUGGGGAACGGUAACGAUGACGAGGACCUGCAGGAAUUAUACCAAAGUAUUUUAAACAUAUAUGAGGACACUCUUCUAAUCUUAGUGUCUAAAGACUUCUACAAACUGCAAAUCUUAAAGGAGAUGGCCGUGUGGAUGAGCAGAGACGAGUCGUGCCUGCAGGAGAGAAUCCUGGUGAUCAUCAGCAGGGUGCUCAUCUUCGCAGCCAAGAAAGUCAAGGAAAGUGGGAAGGCGGACGCUCCCUGUCUGGGGGUCCUGACGGCAGAACUGUGUCUCUUGUGCUUGCACACCGACCGGUCCAUCACACAGCCAGCGUCCUUGGCAAUGUACCACCUCCUCUGCAUCGCCAAGCGUCAGAGUGAGGACCUUGUACACAACACAACAGCCAAGUACGAACAGUCUGGGGAUCGGUGUCUCCUGUCUCACUGCUGUGACAUACAAUUCCUGCUCGACGUCUUGAAAGAAGACAAAACUGAAGUUGCUCGGAGCAUAGGACACAUGCUGCUGCCAUCCAUGCUGACUGACUUCGUGUGGAGUCUCCUGAUGAGACUGGCUAUGCCUGACCGCGGGAUGGCGAAGGAGGCGGCCAACAUGCUGAGACUGACCCUGGAGCACCACGCCCACAAGGUCACCAUGGUGUCUAAGAUGGUGGAUCUUAUUUACAUGAAACUGUGUGAGAACUCUAAUCACGUUAUGAAGCACGCCAUGUUGCAGGUCAUCACCUUAUUGACACGUACUUCACCGAAAAAAGUCAUCUUUCAGCUGAUGGACUACCCAGUGCCCGCAGACAACACUCUGAUGCUGAUGUGGCAGGCGGCCGGCUCUGAGACCAGCAUGGCCCUCCCCGUGCUGACCACCAUCCUGUUGAUUCUGCGAGGAAAGCCUGGGGAGAUGCAGGAGAGCCUGGCAGACAGAAGACGUUUCUCUAUCGAUGCUACAAACAUGAUGCCCAUGGCGGCGUCCCAGGCCCUGUGCACACUGCUGCCUGUCCCCUCCUACAAGAAGGCGGUGGCCCAGUUCUUUCCUCAACUCUUGAUGGCCCUCCUGUUUCAAAUCUUCUACACCUGCAACAUGAAACUGGUGAUGGAGAACAAACUCUUCUUUGCCCGGGACGCCCUGCGAGUUCUGCUGAAUUGCUCUAGGCUGCAAGAGGUGGACACUGCUCUGAACAGAAAAAAUUUCUGGGACCAGAUCUCCCAAGUGCUAUUUCACCACCACGGGGUCUACCUCAUUGCCACGACCCUUGCUGAACAUAACUUUCCACAGUUUCCAGAGACCCUGCAUUACCUGUACAAGCUCUCAGUGGAAGGCCCUAGGAGAUCAGAGGACAGCGUGAUCACAGUCAUCUUCCUCACUGAACUUCUGAAUAAAUUCUUCAAGGACCCAUUCCCAGAAGAAUUUCUGGCUCUCUUCAGGAACUGGAUCAGCGACUCUAACCCCACAGUGAGCAAACUGAGCCUGCAGAAGAUCGCCAGCAUGGCGCCCGUCAUCAACCAGGUAGGAAAUGUCUGCAGCUUAUUAUUAUCCAUCCUGGAUGCCUUCCUCUCCAAAGACCAGACUAUUAUCAUCCGGGCCCUGCUCACCCUUCGGAGACUCUUAAACAAACUGGACAAGGUGACCUACUCCUCUCUGUGCACCCAAAUUGCUUCCAGCUACUGUCCACUGAUGGACCAUAGCGAUGGAGGUAUUCGGAGCAUGGCCAUCCGACACUUUGGCGAACUGGUCAGGGACAUGAGUCAGUACUGGUGGAUGCUGAACGAUGCGGUGUUCAGGGCCCUGGUGCCUCUGAUCCUGUUUCUGGAGGAUACAGAGACAAGAGUCACCACAGCAUGUAAACAUACAUUGGCAAUCUGCGCCUCAGAGUUGCGCUGGUCAGCGUCGCGUCUGCUCCUGGACCAAUGCUACAGUUUUGAGCUGGUUGUCCUCAGCAUCUGCAAUAACCUUUUUACGUCUCACGGGAGCUACACUGUGGAGCUGCUCUCUGACGCGUUGAGGUUCCUGAGGAACUCCAAAGUGUACCUGAGGAGGGCGUCAGUGAUUCUCAUAGGAUACUUGACAACGCUGGGUGGCCAUUUACUGCUCAGAGAUGACAUUGAGGUCAUACUUGAGGGCAUCGACACAGUGCUGGACGAUGAAGACUCAGAGACCAGGGCCUUGGCAAGUGUCACCCACAAACUUUUAAAGGAUGUGGCCCAUAAAAUGACCUCCUCGGUUAUUAAACAAACCUCCCGAAGACUGUUUAACUUUAUCUACAUCAAGAAACUGAAGCCUCUGUAUAAUUAUAGCUCACCCAACGACGUGGAAAAAAGCCCCACGGAGAUGAAAGAAACCAGGAAUGCAUGAGAACGAUGGAAAUUUCAUGAAAGAAUGAGACAUUCACCAAGGCACCACUCAGAAGAGCAAUGAUUUUCCUUUUCCUCUACAGAUGCUCGGGGCCAUUUAUCUGUUCCUCUGUAACUGUCUUCAAAUACAGAAAUCUGCUGUCUCUCUACAUCUAACGGUGAUCAGACACCUUAAUUCAUCAAACCCAAUAAUAACAUCGAAAAUCAUAUAAGCAAAGUGUUUGAUGAGAAGCUCUUGGGACUUACUUGAAUCAGUAAGCUAGACACUGUGCUAGGUAGGGGAACAUGUGGGGAACAAAGACAAUGUUGCUGGCCUCUAGGGAUGCUGGGUUUGGUUCUUUCUGUCCGUCUCACUGGGAUGAAUGUUGCCAUGAGGAAGUAUUCACA